AUGGCGGUGCAACACCAAAAUCAACCUACUGAGACAUGGAGACAGUCGGAUGAACGAACAACAAGCAGUGCAUCUUCAACCUCAAUCUCAUCUCUACUGAACGAUAAACCGCAAACAGCCACCCAACUCCCCACCCCCAAGUCGCCAAAUGACCAAGAUGCCGUCAAGCCUGUGGUUGAUAAACCUUUUGUUUGCAAUCAGUGCGAUCAAUCAUUCAGUCGCUCUCACAAUCUAAAGUCUCACUUAGCCACACAUUCACCAGAGAAGCCCUUUCAGUGUGACAUUUGCAAUCACUUCUUUCGACGCCAACAUGAUCUCAAGCGCCAUCAAAAGCUACAUACAGGAGAAAGACCAUACGUCUGUGCCUGCUGCAGUCGCUCGUUUGCCAGAUUAGACGCUCUCAAUAGACAUCAAAGCGCUUAUGGUGGUACAGCAUGUAAUAGUAAUAACAACCGGAACUCGAUUGCAAAAGUAGUGGCACUACAUCUAAAAGCAGGAAACAACGCUAAUACUAAUAAUACCUCAUCACCGCCACAGCCACAACGCCCACUGAUCCCACAAAUCAAUAUUGCUCGCCCCUCAACACAACCUCCUUCGCCCCCUCCAUUGACAUCCUCGCCUACCUCUAUUGACGCUCCGUCAUUUCCAUCAUCACAGCAACAACUCAACCUGUCAUUGCCGCCCUUGAGAUCCAACAGUCUGUCAUCGGCAGGCGGUACAUCGCCCUCACUGAUACAUUACAAACUAAAUGACAAUCCAUCUUCCUCGUCGUCACCGCCACCGUUCAGAUCCUGGUCAUAUCCCACCAAUUCCUCUGUGUCAUCUCCUCCUUCACCGCAACUGACACGCACUUUGCCCUCUAUCAAUGAUCACGUCCUAUUACAGCAGCAAAUCAAACAACUAGAAAGCGAGAACAUGGCGCUCAAGCAGGAGUUGAGUCAAGCCAGUGCGGACAAGCAGCAGAUACACGAUCUCCAAGUCGAGAACAAACUGCUGAAAUCGUUGAUUCUGACCCAACAAGAUCGCAAAAGGCUGAAUGACAUGGAUGGCGCUGAUUUAGCGAAAAAGGUGAAAUACGAAUCAAAGGACAAUCACUCAUAA